AUGGACGAACCAACCAACGACGGCAGACAAGGCGAAGACAAGGAGCGAGACACUAGCCGGGGACUAACGGCGGCCAAACCAGGGAUCUUUCUGGCCACAAGACAAGACAGACGGACGGACGGAGACGAAGACGAAGACGAAGGAAAACGACCGAGAGGCCGCGCUGUCUUGCUCCACCGCGGAAGACAAACAGGAGCCCACUCUUCGUCUCUGCCUAUUUGCCGCUGCUGGGAUCCAGGGCAGCGAGAGCCAGAGCCAGAGGGCGAGAGAGGGAGGCAGAGGCUUGACUUCCGGCCGCGGUCUCGGCUGAGAGAAGAAACUCUGCGGGACUGA